UACAAAUACUCUUAUUUUGAAAGAACCGACCAAUUGCGUCACUUCCGGUUGAUGGCGAGUCUCACAACAUCAAGCUAGAGCUGCGACUGAAAGCUAACGCUACAUCUAUUGUUAACAUAUAUUUAACAACAAACACAGAGGAAAAACAUGUCAGAUACGGAGACAAAACCAUCCAGCCAAGACGGGGGGGAUAAAAAGGAUGGAGAGUACAUCAAGUUAAAAGUGAUUGGUCAGGACAGCAGUGAAAUUCACUUUAAGGUGAAAAUGACGACACAUCUGAAGAAGCUGAAGGAGUCUUACAGCCAGAGACAGGGUGUCCCAGCAAGCACGCUAAGGUUUCUGUUUGAAGGACAGAGAAUCGCAGACAACCAAACUCCGAAAGAGCUGGGGAUGGAGGACGAGGACGUCAUCGAGGUUUAUCAAGAACAGACCGGCGGACUUUGGAAUGAUUAAACCUCCUGCAUUUCUAAAUCUUUUUUUUUUUUUUCCUUAUUUUGUAUUUUAUUUUGUAUGUAUGUAUGUACGUAUUUUUGUUCAGUUUCAAACCAUCUGGAUCAAAACCGACUCUAUCAGGGCUUCCAUGUGUGAGGGCAGGAAGGUGAACAGACUGAGGUAAGGACGAGGAAAAGGACAGCGGGUCUCUGCUUCUCUGAAGUGCAGGGGUGCUCAUGUCGUUGACCCAAGCAAUAGCGUUCAACGUGAGUGUUACACCCAAAUUAACAAACAUCUUGUUUUGUUUUUUAUCCUGUUUUUUUUUUUUUGGGAGGGGGUCAGUAGAAGCAAAGCAUGCUAUCAAGGAACAAUCUGCAUUAAAGGAGUAGUUCACCCAAAAAGGAAACUGUUGCUGUCAUCUAAUCACACUUAUUACAGUCACAAGACAAGUGAAGUUAUCAUAAUAUGACGUCACACAGUGAGUGCACUUGCACAGCUUUGUGUCAGCUUUCUCCAAAAGAACUGAAGUGCCUGCGAACACGGUUUUUAUUUUUUAUUUUUUAGAAUUAUAAAACCAGAAAAAAUGGCGUUCCUGUAUAAUUUUAAUGUUCUGAAGCCAAACAGUUGCACUUAGGUGCCAAGAAGUUAAAUAUUUACUUGUUUAUCUUCUUGAUUUUUAGCUCUUCACCCUGUUUUAGGAAAAUAUUGUAAUAACCAAUCAAGUUUAAACAGCUAAAUUGAUGAUAUUGAGAAUGUCAAGAUGUGAUGUCUUCUGUUUGACUUGUUGUCAAACAUGCACCUUACAAGCAAAACUUCCUGUGCAUGUUUGGCUUUUUGACCUCCGUGUGCUUGAAAAUACUAUGAAACUAGAUGAUCAUGAUGCAAAUAUAUGACUAAUGGAGCCACUUGAGAACAUAUGGACUUUGCAGCAAAAAAGCACAUAAGCCCUUAUGGCCUCUAAGUUUGAGGAGGCUGAAGCAAAGCUGUGUCAGCUGAGCAGAUAAUGUCAGAAAUAGAUUUGGAUGCACUGUUCCUUUUUAACUCUGUGUUUGACAAGCGGGGAUUCAAAAACUGGCAUCAGCUUCUGUUUCCAUUGUACAGGACAAAAACAAAUUUGCUUGCAUUCCUGUUAAUUUUGUUAAGGAGGAGUCUGACGCACCGAGUUAGACGUCAAAGAUGCAGUUAUUUGUACGUGAGGAAGCUCAUUCCACAUGCUGUAUCUUCUGUUUAACGUGAAGGGCGUUUAACAGAUGUUCUUACCAGAGAGAGGGUUCACUUUGAACAGCUGGAUUACUGGGCAGUCUCCCCCUCAGUACCACACGUAAUGAAAAGGAGUCAACAUUUGUUUCUGUCUAUUUGAAUCAUUUGCAUUUACAGCCUCUGUGUGCCAUGUUUGACGAACUGCACCCUCACGAAAUUGUAAAAUUAUGAUGAUAAUUGACCUGAUAAUGGAGAUUUUAAACACAUUUUUAAAUGAUUAUGUGCUUUACUUGUAUAUGUUGUAUUCAGUACUAGAGUGUGUUUGAAAUGAUAUGCCAUGUGUAUCUCCAGUGUUGUCUUAUUUAUAUUUGAGGGAUUCAUUCUGUAAUGAUAUAUCUAAAUAUAUACCCGUUAUGGAAAUAUUUUGCUUGCUGACGGUCACACAGUAUUUUAAACUCGGAUGAUUCUGUCCUCCAGCAGUUUGUUCAAGGAAAAAUCUUGCGAAUAGUCAUCUACAGUGACAUGUUAUACUGUGGUGUCAGUGCUUAUUCUUAAAGCUUUUGUUUUUGGAAAGAAACUCUCAAUCUGUGUACUGUUUUGAAGUUCCUCAAGAAGGUUACGAUCAUCAGCAGGCCCAAACUGUGUCAUCUUUGUAAUUAGUGUGAGGAGGUGAACGAGAAACAGCUCCUGAAGGAUGAAAUAACCAACAAAAAACAUGUUGAUGUCUGUUGACAAUCUGGUUAUUUCACUCUCCACAAACACUCAUAAUGCCAGGUUAAAGCUGCAGUGGGUGAUGGUUGAACCGCACCUCUGGGACACUUCUGCUUUCAGUGCGCACAAUACAGAAGCAUGUCAGCUGUCUACUGCCAUUCAUGAUGUUUUUUCCCACCAUCCACAAAAAUGGGAGUUCAAAAGCAAGAAAAGGAAAUAAAUAUCCUUUUCUAAAUGAAGUGAAGCGUUGAUUCGGUGAUCACAGGUCGUCUAUUAAAUGGUCGCCAUUUCCCAGAGGUGUGUGCAAUAAAAAAAAAAAUGAAAACUGUCCUUAAAAGUCAAAUAUUUCCUCAAUUGGAUUUUCUCAACCUGACCGACUGUUAUCAUCUUUCCUUCGUGCGUCAGUGACCGGCUCAUGUGAACUCCACUCCACCCAAACCCUCAGGCAGGAAGGGCCAUAACACUGAUCUCAGUGAUGUGAAGGGACUCUUCAUCAUUAGAGGAACAUUGAUACAGAUGGUUUGAAAUUCUGGAGAUGAGCUUUUUGCUUUUUUUGAAUAAAAUAUUUAAGAAAAUA